AUGAACCUAGAAGGAGCGGCCGACGCGGUCCGAUGCAGAGCCUUCCCGGUAACCCUCGCCGGGCCAGCGAUCAAAUGGUUCAACGCCCUCCCGAACGGAUCCAUAGCCAGCUUCCACGAUAUUACACGAAAGUUCAUGGCCCAGUUCACUACUAGGAUCACCAAAGCCAAACACCCCAUCAGCUUACUAGGGGUCACGCAAAAACAAGAAGAAUCCACAAGAAAAUACCUCGACCGCUUCAACGACGAAUGCCUAACGGUCGACGGACUCACGGAUUCCGUCGCAAGCCUUUGCCUGACCAAUGGGCUAAUGAACGAAGAUUUUCGCAAACACCUCACCACCAGACCAGUAUGGACCUUGCAUGAGAUCCAGAACGUCGCCAAAGACUACAUCAACGAUGAAGAAGUCAGCCAGGUCGUCGCUACCAACAAGCGGCAGCACGGCAACACCCAACACGGCAAUUCGGCUUCUCGUCAUAACCCAACACCCAAAGAGAAUCAACGGAACCACCCCAGGCCAACCAGCCGACCACCGAGAAUAGGCAAAUUCUCUAAUUACACGCCCUUAACAGCACCAAUUACCAAGAUAUACCACCAAAUAACAGAUCGAGGCAUCAUUCCGAAAGCCCGACAACUCAAAGAAAGGACAGGAGGCAACAGAACACUCUACUGCGACUACCACCGUGGUUACGGUCACAAAACACAAGAUUGCUUCGACCUUAAAGACGCUCUUGAACAAGCCAUACGAGACGGCAAACUCCCAGAAUUUGCCAAAAUCAUCAGAGAACCGAGACGCGCGGAGAGAGACAGGUCGCCGGAAAGAGAAGGGCGUAACCCGAGAACUCAAAAGCAACCCCCUAGGGAAAGCCCAGAGGAGGAUCCGACCAUCAUAGUUAACGUCAUCACAGGCAAGGACGUAUCGAGCAAGUCAAAACUAACAAUGAAGAAAGAUCUCAAGGUAAUGGCUGUCAGAAACCAAGCCCAAACCUCCGCGGCCGACAAUACGAUAACGUUCUUACCAGAGGACUGCCAACACGGCACCUCAGCCGAAGAUGCCCCCUUCGUCAUCUCAGCCAGAAUUGGAACAGGCCUAGUACAAAGGAUACUGGUAGACACCGGGGCAGAUUCGAACAUCCUCUUCCGAGGAGCCUUCGAUAAACUCGGACUUCACAACGACAACCUCCAAACACACCGCCACGGCGUCACGGGACUCGGGGACAACUUUCUGAAACCAGAUGGCUCAAUCACCCUCCCCAUCACCAUAGGAACAAGAAACCAGAAAAAGACAAUCCUAUCUGAAUUCGUAGUCCUAAAAGACUCCACAGCCUAUAACGUGAUUCUCGGAAGAAAAACAAUCAACAACUUCUCUGCAGUCAUCUUUACCAAAUACCUCCUCAUGAAGUUCAGAACCGACGAUGGCUCAGUCGGUACCAUCCACGGGGACCGAGAAGUCGCAGCCGAAUGCGACAACACCAGCCUAGCCCUAAGGAAAAAAUCCUGA